CAGCCGACCGGUGACACUUUUCCCCCAAAUGUGCAGCUUGUCUCGGGGAGAAGUGACCCGUGUUGCGCGCCCAGUACUACCGUCACUACCACCGUCAUUAUCCGGCAACGCGACUGCUUGUUCGUGCGUCCCCCAUGAAGCCAACAAAGUAUCAGCGGGCAUUAGCGUCUUUAUCCCGAAGAGCGCCGGACUCCUUCCGCCGUGGCCCAGCAGCCCUGGAUGGGACUACUUCACGGGGAGACAAAUAAGUGUAAACUUUCAGCUUUUGGACUAUUUUUAACUCUUCUUUUUACUCUUUAACGUCCACGCCGGCCGAAUUUUUGACGUCCCCUGGACUUUAUGGCUCCGUGCGCGGCCAGCAGCAGCAGCAGCAGCGGGACUUCCAUCGGCCUUGACCCCCCGCUCUGAACCCUGAUCCGCGCCGCAAUUAAAACCACAUCCGAGGACCUCCGUCGUCCUUUUCUUGGUUCUUUUCCCACUCUCAGUCCCAAGUGUGGCGGAUAGCAUGGCAAUGGUAGUAAACCAGUGGCCAGAGAGCAUUUCCGCAGACCCGGGCUCGCAACACCAGAUUUGCGGCCAGGAGCCCGGAGGCGCCCCGGGGACUCCUAGCGGCUCGACGCCGGGCAACGAGGCUCUCUCCGGGGACAAGCUGCCCAACGUGGACUGCAUGGUGUGCGGGGACAAGUCGAGCGGGAAGCACUACGGCCAGUUCACCUGCGAGGGAUGCAAGAGCUUCUUCAAGCGCUCCGUCAGGCGGAACCUCAGCUACACCUGCCGGGGGAACCGCGACUGCCCCAUCGACCAGCACCACCGGAACCAGUGUCAGUACUGCCGCCUGAAGAAGUGCCUCAAAGUCGGCAUGAGGAGAGAAGGUAAGGCCGCUGUGCAGCGGGGUCGCACGUCCAACUCCCAGAGCAGCCCGGGUCAGUACUUGAGCAACGGCGGCGACCCGUACAACAGCCAGCCGUACCUGUCGGGGUUCAUCUCCCUGCUGCUGCGGGCCGAGCCCUACCCCACGUCGCGCUACGGCGCCCAGUGCAUGCAGGGCAACAACCUGAUGGGCAUCGAGAACAUCUGCGAGCUGGCGGCCAGGCUGCUCUUCAGCGCCGUGGAGUGGGCCAAGAACAUCCCCUUCUUCCCCGACCUGCAGCUCAUGGAUCAGGUGGCGCUGCUGCGCAUGUCGUGGAGCGAGCUCUUCGUGCUGAACGCGGCGCAGUGCUCCAUGCCGCUGCACGUGGCGCCCCUGCUGGCGGCGGCGGGCCUGCACGCCUCGCCCAUGUCGGCGGAGCGCGUGGUGGCCUUCAUGGACCACAUCCGCGUCUUCCAGGAGCAGGUGGAGAAGCUGAAGGCGCUGCAGGUGGACACGGCCGAGUACUCCUGCCUCAAGUCCAUCGUGCUCUUCACCUCCGACGCCAUGGGCCUGUCGGACGUGGCGCACGUGGAGAGCAUCCAGGAGAAGUCGCAGUGCGCCCUGGAGGAGUACGUGCGCAACCAGUACCCCAGCCAGCCCAACCGCUUCGGGCGCCUGCUGCUGCGCCUGCCGUCGCUGCGCAUCGUGUCCUCGCCCGUCAUCGAGCAGCUCUUCUUCGUGCGGCUGGUGGGCAAGACGCCCAUCGAGACGCUGCUGCGAGACAUGCUGCUGUCGGGCUCCAGCUACAACUGGCCCUACAUGCCCGCCGUGCAGCGCGAGCGACCCAUCUCGCUGCACUACAACGAGAACGGGCCCUGAUCUGGCCCCGCCCCCCCCUCUGAUGAACUUCUAGUGCGGGUCACCAGCGGGUCUGGACUGUCAGACGUAGAACCUAUGCAACUCCUCGGUGCUGAGCCUCCACCUGUGCCAGUUUGAUAAACAAUACAGAGCCAGGGCUCUAUGGACACGCCCCCUUUUGAAAACCACAAGCCAUUAAAAAGACCCGCGCCAAAACGUCUUUUUGGACCUUUUGUUGUGUUAUUGUUCCUAUGAUUGUGUCCAUAUGUACAGUAUAUCACUAUUAUAGAGCUCAGGUGGACUAGACGGGCCUGACAGCGACCGUGCCAAAGCCAAAUGUACCACCCGUCCUUUUGUUACAUACAUACUGACUGGUAUACACACAUAAUACAUACUGACUGGUAUACACACAUAAUACACACUGACUGGUAUACACACAUAAUUCACACUGACUGGUAUACACACAAU